AGUUGAUUAUGCAUUGAAUACUGUCCACUGCUGGCUAUUCGGGAGAGCCCUAAUCAGGCCGCUUUUUAUAUCUUUCGCUGUCGGUUGCCCUGUCUACUCUCUCUAGCGGCAGCGUCCUUCUCUCUCGACGUGGCUUGCGUUUCGCUUCUUCAAGCAACAGAUUAUUCUUGGAGAUGGGUCGUGUUCGCACCAAGACUGUGAAGAAGUCCUCUCGCCAGGUCAUUGAGAGGUACUACUCUAAAAUGACCUUGGACUUCCACACCAACAAGAAGAUCUUGGAAGAGGUUGCUAUCAUUCCCUCAAAGCGGCUUCGUAAUAAGAUUGCUGGAUUUUCCACCCACCUUAUGAAGCGUAUUCAAAAGGGUUCUGUUCGUGGUAUCUCUUUGAAACUGCAAGAGGAAGAGCGUGAACGUCGCAUGGACUUUGUGCCAGAAGAGUCUGCCAUUAAGAUUGAUGAGAUUAAAGUUGAUAAGGAGACAAUUGACAUGCUUGCUGCUCUUGGUAUGUCAGAUAUUCCCGGGCUUGUUGAAUUUGAACCUCAGCCUUUGGUUCCUCCCCAGGUCUUUGGUAGGGCUCAAGCUGGUGUGCCUGGAAGGAGGUUCUGAGGUCAUUGAGCUUUAGAGGAUGUUCAAGUAUGAGAACUUCAGAUGUCAUUCUGUUAGUAGUUACUUUCUGUCUUUGUCCUGGAUAUUAUACUAAAUGGAUAUCAGUACUCAAUAUUUUGAACUGGCUAUUUUUAGUUGACAUGGAAGUUAAAGGAUGAUACUGUGGUUGAUUUGAUGCAGAUAAGACCUUUCUUGCCAUUGUUCUUAUUAUUUCUCCAUUCUGUCUAACGUUAUCCACUUUGAUUUUAAUAGUUAUUUGUUUGUUGGA